CAAAUGUUAUAUCUCUCAGAAGCAGACAAUUGGAACCGUAAACCCAACUCCCAAAGUACAUAUCUAAACCCCCAUCCUCUUCUUCUUCACCGCCAAAAGAAGUCACUAUGAGGAAACGCACCCUUUACGUAUGGGGAGUCGCCAUUCUCUGUUUCGUAGUGUUGAUGAUCGUCACUCCCGCUAUCCCUCAGUCUCAAGAGUACCACAAUUUCGCUGAUCAACGCGAAUUCUUCGGUAUACCCAAUACGUUAAAUGUCAUUUCGAAUUUUCCCUUCUUAGUUAUUGGUGUUAUAGGUCUUGUACUGUGUUUUUAUAAGAAUUAUUUCAAGUUCAGUUUGCAAGGUGAACUAUGGGGUUGGACUUGUUUUUUCAUUGGUGUGGCUGCUGUUGGGGUUGGUUCCUCGUACUAUCAUCUUGACCCAAAUGAUGCCCGGCUUGUGUGGGAUAGAUUGCCGAUGACAAUUGCAUUCACAUCAAUCAUGGCUAUAUUUAUCAUUGAAAGAAUUGAUGAGCAGAAAGGAACAAUUUCCAUCAUACCGCUGCUGCUGGCUGGCUUAGUCAGUAUUUUGUACUGGAGGUUUUUUGAUGACCUCCGACCCUAUGCCGUUGUUCAGUUUGUUCCUUGCAUUGUCAUCCCCCUCAUGGCGAUCUUGUUGCCUCCGAUGUACACACAUUCUACAUAUUGGCUUUGGGCAGCAGCAUUCUAUCUUUUAGCUAAGGUUGAAGAAGCAGAGGAUAAAGUAAUAUACAAAUGGACCCAUCAUAUUGUGAGUGGACACACCCUUAAGCACUUGUGUGCUGCCAUGGUUCCGGUGUUUUUGACACUUAUGCUGGCAAAGAGGACGACUGAAACAAACAGGAUAAGCCUACUGAAGACAUGGAAGGUUUCAUGGACAAAGGUGAAUGAAAAUGGUACCAGGGUGGAAAGUAGGGAGUAUGUUUACACCAGUGUUCAAUCUGAGGAUUCACAUUGACUUGCUAUUCUCCUAUUCUCUUUCUAACUAAAUUCCAUGUAACAAUAGAAAUGGGUUUAUUACUUUGUUUGGAAAUUUGAACAAAUUUGGUUUCUCAAGAGUAACUGCCAAAUGUCUGUAAAUACUUUUAUAGCAAAGAAAGUUGCUUCUUAUUUCUUAA